UUGGUGCCCCUUCCACUGGGACAGCCAGUCUUGGAACGCUUGGGUUUGGAUUAAAAGCUCCUGCAACAACAGCUGCCACAACAAGCACUGCCACUGGCACUACUUCUGCUUCUGGCUUUGCUUUGAAUCUUAAGCCGUUAACUACAACUGGUGCCAUUGGAGCUGGGACUUCUGCUGCCAUAACUACCACAACAACAACCAGCGCACCUCCAGUGAUGACUUAUGCCCAGCUGGAGAGUUUGAUAAACAAGUGGAGUCUGGAACUGGAAGACCAAGAGAAGCACUUUCUCCAUCAAGCAACUCAAGUUAAUGCCUGGGAUCGGAUGCUGAUAGAAAAUGGGGAGAAGAUUACUUCCUUACACAGAGAAGUAGAGAAGGUGAAGCUUGAUCAGAAGAGACUGGAUCAGGAACUGGACUUCAUUCUGUCACAGCAGAAAGAGCUUGAAGACUUGUUGACCCCUCUGGAGGAAUCUGUGAAGGAACAGAGCGGGACUAUCUACCUGCAGCAUGCAGAUGAAGAACGGGAGAGGACUUAUAAACUGGCUGAAAACAUAGAUGCUCAGUUGAAGCGUAUGGCACAAGAUCUGAAGGACAUUACUGAACACCUGAAUACAUCAAGAGGCCCAGCAGACACCAGUGACCCG